AGUAUGAAUGUGAUUACGUCAUCGUCUAUUUUGGACGCCCUUGUUCUGCUCCAGCCAUCUUCGAACGUUGGCGAGCUUUAGGUUCUGCCUCAUGCAUCAAGCGUUCCAAACAUGCCCUAGCGUCUGGCAAGUUAUUGCAUGAACACGUGCUCAAGCUCUAUUCCAGUCCUACCACCCACAAAGGCGUCUUUUGAAAGGAUGUUGCCAAUUGUGAUUUGAUUGACGGGAUGUAAUGCCCAGGCCAUGGAACAACCCUACUCAUCCUCGAAACUUCUUAUCGCCGGCAUCUCCUUCCAAACAGGCACCACUGGUUCUGCCUCACUCCGGCUCACCCAUCACCGUGUUUACGGUUGGAAAUAGGACCGACAACGUAAGGCCGUCAUUGUUAUUUUUUGAAACGCACAGCUUAUAUUUGGGUCCCCUGUAUAAAAGGCUUACAUUUCUAUUAUUUUAAACACCAGCUCUCCUCUACGACUUCGCUUUAGCUUAUUCUAAAUCCACUCCAUAACCCAAGUCAUGUUCAAGUCUAUCAUCUCCCUCGCUCUCUUCGCUGGUGCUGCUUUCGCCCAGAAUGUCGCGAUUGCCCACCCCGCUCAAGGCGCCUCGGUGGCUCCAGGUAGCACCUUGAUUGUUCAGCUUGACAAGCCAAACUCUCUGUCUCCUUCUGAAGAAGUUGCUGUUGUCAUCGGCAUUCAGUCUUGCUCUAAAUAUGCCUGCUCCGCUCCUGCCGAUAUUUUGGGUGAAAUCUUGUACAACGGAGCUUACAACCCCGUGUACCACGAGCCCCAGUUGCCUCCUUACCAAAACAUCUCCGUGACGAUCCCAGCUUCAUUCCCUAAUGGAACUGCCCAGAUCGGCAUUGUUCACGUGAACCUGAUCGGCGCUGGUCCGAUGCCCAACCUCCAGACUCUGAACCAGACGAUCACGAUCGCUUAAAAUCAGGGAUAUGGGCCAUUUGAAGCAACGACUAAAAAUGAAAAUAUGAACAAUUUAGCAUGGGGUUUUCUUGAUUAUACUGGACAUUAUGAUAGGACUAUCUGACAUUACAUGAUAUGGGACUUUAUAUUCACAAUGCACUUUUACUCUAAUACUUUUUACCAGAGCUUGUUGUUAUCCUAAACCAACGAACGAUUUGGACAUCAGAACUCUUGUCACUCCCACAGUUUGAUAGUGUGAAUUUCUGAAGACCUUACAGCAGAUCAAGUGUGAUCAGGAAAAUAUGUAUCGAACAUAGCCAUAUCAUGUGCUUGCGUAAUCAGCUGGAAAUCAUGAGCGCCUCAGGCCAUUGCACAUGACUAGAUAGACUCUUUGGAAUACCGCACCUCGUUCUCCCUACCCGCCCAGUCAAGUCUAUCAGUACCACCUUCGAUUCAGUGAACAAGACGUUGUUGGGUGGACGCAAGUCUCCAAAUACAAGACCUUCACGGUGAAGAUGGAUGAGCGCCUCCUUGAUCUGGGCCCUUGUAUCCCGUGGCCAGGCGGCAGGAGAGAUUGCGUGGGCGUGCUCUCCUUCGAUGAAAUCCAUCACCACUAUCCUGAGCGGACCGACGUAUGGGCCACUGCAUUUAUGGGCGCCGCAUGUGUCGUUGGCGCUUCUAGAGUCAUCUUCACCGUCGAGGAGGCCGCAGAACAGGAGCUCGGGAGCGAUGCCAUGACGUGCCAAGCACGCAUGUGCAAGUACGCCAUACCGAUCCACAAAUUAAACC